UUGGGUUUUGGUUCUAAGGGACAGUUGAGGGAAAUUUGAAAAACAGUGGAGUAUAAAAUAUCUAGCUUCCUUUUCCCAACCCCUAUCCUCUCCUCUUGCUUCCCUCUCACAGUCUCACUCCCUUAUCUGCAUUCAGAAUGGAAGGGUUUAAGGCUCAAAUCAAGGGUUUUUCACGCUUCAUUGCUCAAUAGAUAGAUAGAUAAGGUAACUCAUUUCUUUCUCUGUCUGUCUCUCUUUCAUUCUAAUGUCUGCUCCUCUCACCAUGUCUAUGGAUCUUCUUUAUAAUAUGAAUGUUUCAAAUGUUUCUGAAUCCAAACAUCCCAAUUUCUUCCCUAAAAUCUCCAGGUAUCCCAUUAGAAAAUCUACCAUUUUCUGCAAUUCCUCUAAAUCCCCACCCAAAUUGGAAGAACCCCAGAAAAAUCCAUCACUCUCUGACCAACUUAAGCCUCUUUCUACUACUAUUCUCUCAGAAAACGCUAAAGAUAAAGCUCAGCUUCUCAUUAAACCGCCAAAAUCUACUUGGGUCAAUCCCACUAAACCUAAGCCUUCUGUUCUUUCGCUGCAACGCCAGAAACGCUCUCCUUAUGCUUAUAAUCCCCAAAUUAGGGACCUCAAGCUUUUUGCAAAGAAACUGAAUGACUGUGAUUCUACUUCUGAAGAAACUUUCUUUGCAAUUCUGGAGGAAAUCCCACAUCCAAUUACCAAAGAAAACGCCCUUUUGAUGCUUAAUUCUUUGAAACCAUGGGAAAAGGCUUUGCUUUUCUUCAAUUGGGUGAAAACCCAGAAUUUGUUUCCUAUGGAAACUAUCUAUUACAAUGUUACUAUGAAGUCUUUGAGGUUUGGUAGGCAGUUUGAGCUUAUUGAAGGUCUUGCUAAUGAGAUGAUAGGUAAUAAUAUCGAGCUCGAUAACAUUACUUAUUCAACGAUUAUUACUUGUGCUAAGAGGUGUAAUCUCUUUGAUAAAGCUGUGGAAUGGUUUGAGAGGAUGUAUAAGACUGGUGUGAUGCCUGAUGAGGUCACUUACUCAGCUGUUCUAGAUGUGUAUGCUAAGUUAGGGAAAGUUGAGGAGGUCAUGAGUUUGUAUGAAAGAGGGAGAGCGAGCGGGUGGAAGCCGGAUCAUAUAGCAUUUUCUGUUCUAUGUAAGAUGUUUGGUGAGGCAGGGGACUACGAUGGUAUUAGGUUUGUGUUACAGGAGAUGAAGACACUUGGGGUACAGCCUAAUUUGAUAGUUUACAAUACUUUGUUAGAGGCAUUGGGUAAGGCUGGAAAGCCUGGUUUGGCUAGGAGUUUAUUCGAGGAAAUGGUUGAUUCAGGUGUUACCCCAAAUGAGAAAACCCUAACAGCACUCGUUAAAGUCUAUGGUAGGGCAAGGUGGAAUAAGGAUGCCUUGGAACUCUGGGAGAGAAUGAGGUUAAAUGGAUGGCCUAUGGACUUCAUCCUGUAUAACACAUUGCUGAGUAUGUGUGCAGACCUCGGAUUGGAAGAAGAGGCUGAGAAGCUCUUUGAAGAUAUGAAGAACUCCAAGUAUUGUAUACCAGAUAGUUUUAGCUACACGGCAAUGCUUAACGUAUAUGGUAGUGGUGGGAAGGUUGAUAGGGCAAUGGAGGUGUUUGAGGAAAUGUCGAAAAAGGGUGUUGAGCUUAAUAUCAUGGGAUGCACUUGUCUGAUUCAGUGCUUAGGAAAGAGUCAGAGAAUUGAUGAGUUGGUUAGAGUUUUCGAGGUGUCGAUGCAGAGAGGCAUCAAGCCAGAUGAUAGACUCUGUGGUUGCCUGCUUUCAGUUGUGUCAUUAUGUGAUAACACUGAAGAUGCUAACAUGGUUCUUGGUUGUUUGGGACGAGCAAACCCAAAAUUGGUUGCCUUCAUCAGCUUGCUAAAUGAAGAGGGAACUAAAUUUGAUAGGUUGAAGGAAGAGUUCAAGGUUAUACUUACUGAUGCACAAGUUGAUUCUCGAAGACCCUUCUGUAAUUGCUUGAUUGACAUAUGCAGGAAAAGAAAUUUGAAAGAGAGAGGUCAUGAACUUUUAUAUCUAGGAACAAUAUUUGGAUUGUACCCAGGUUUACACAAGAAAACCACAGGUGAGUGGAGUUUGAAUGUGAGGUCACUAUCUGUUGGUGCAGCUCACACUGCAUUAGAAGAGUGGAUGACAAGUCUAUCGAAUAUUGUAGAACGAGAAGAGGCAUUGCCAGAGUUAUUUUCUGCGUAUACUGGUGCAGGAACUCACAAAUUUUCUCAAGGUCUAGCUAGUGCAUUUGCUUCACAUAUAGAGAAAUUGGCAGCACCAUUUAGGCUUAGUGAAGAUAGAGUUGGCUGUUUUGUUGCUACUCGAGAUGAUAUAGUCUCAUGGGCACAAUCUAGGGUACCAUCUCCUGCUUUAACAGUCUUAAACUAGAGCUAGAAGCUGUUAAUAUUACUUAAGUUUUGUAAUAUAUUGGCCCUUCUGUAGGCUGCCAAAAUUUUAAAUUUUUGUCUAUGAAAGCCUUCGGAAGAGCAUAAUGUAUCAGUUUUCAUUGUUAUGCAACCUCCAAAUUAUGAUUCCUCGCAA